UGACUGCGCCUUAUGAAAGGUGGCACUAGCAGCAACAUACAUGUUGUACUGAGACAUAAGGGUUAACAAAACUGGAUUUAUCAGCUGCGCUCAGAGCCAAAAACACAUCACUUUGGGAACUUUUCUAGUAGAUCCAAAGAGAACUUAAACUGUGGAAGAUGUUAAAGGAGGCACUGAUUGGGACUCUGUGUGGGGCUGUCGUAUUGACUAUUGGUAUCCUAAUCGGUCACUUUGGUAUCCAAAAGAAUUCUGCACCAUCCUGGGUGAAUGAUGUGGCGAAGGACGUGGAUGAGGCCCUCAUCCAGCAGUUCUUGUCUGAGGUGGAGACGUUUCAACUUCAGGAGAACCUUAGGGAAUUGACAAAAGUGCCUCAUAUGGCGACAUCACCUGGGGAUGAGGAGACGGUGAAGUAUGUGCUAAAAAGAUGGCAAGAUCCAGAAACUGGUCUGGAUGAAGCCUGGAGACAGGAAUAUGAGAUUUACCUUUCAUUUCCCAAUCCCACAAACCCCAACAAAGUCACUGUUGUAAACUCCUUGGAUUCUGUGCUAUUUACUGUGAGAGAAAGGGAAGUGAACUACACUGCUGAUCAGAAUGAUCCUCAGGUGGUUCAGCCAUUUGCUGCAUACUCUCCGGCAGGACAUGCAAAGGGGAAACUGGUUUUCGCCAAUCAGGGAAAACCAAGUGACUUUCAACAUCUGAACAAGACCAUUGACCUAAGAGGAACCAUCGCAAUCACCAGAUAUGGUGGAGAAGGGAGAGGACGAAAGGCUAUCAAUGCAGCAGCCUAUGGUGUUGUUGGGUUGCUGGUGUACACAGACCCUCUUGACAUGAAUGAUGGCCUCAUGUCCGACACCAAUGAGACGUACCCACACUCCUGGUAUCUGCCACCCACUGGUGUGGAAAGAGGUGCCUAUAACAGAGACUUUGGAGAUUUACUCACACCGUAUUUGGCUGCCAAAGAGGACACCUACAGAAUCCCACCUGAAGAUAUUACUGGGAUCCCUCCCAUUCCAACACAACCAAUUGGAUUUCAGGAUGCAAGGACACUAAUUUGUGCAUUGGCAGGAGAGGCAGCUCCAAAGGACUGGCAGGGAGGACUCGACUGUAUCUACAACUUAGGUGGUCCAGGGUUUAAACCCACAUCUCCCUUCAACAACAGUGAUGUAAAACUGGACAUCUAUAAUGAAGAAAAGAUUGUAAACUCCUCCAAUGUGAUGGGAGUUAUCAGAGGAAGUGUUGAGCCAGACAGGUAUGUGAUCUAUGGGAAUCACAGGGACAGCUGGGUACAUGGUGCCAUCGACCCAAGCAGCGGAACGGCGGUCAUGCUGGAAAUUACCAGAGUGCUGGGAAGAAUGGUCAAAAAGGGGAAAUGGAGACCAAGGAGGUCCAUUAUCUUUGGCAGUUGGGGCGCUGAAGAGUUUGGUCUUAUUGGGUCUGCUGAGUACACAGAGGAAUACUUCACCAAACUCAGUGAGCGUACUGUUGGUUACAUAAAUGUGGACAUUUCUGUUUUUGCAAAUGCCACACUAAGUGCUUCAGCAAUGCCAUCAAUGCAAAGUGUCAUCUUCAGAGCUGCAAAACAGGUCAAUGCUCCUGGAUUUGAUUCCACAUCUGUGUAUGACAACUGGAUUCGUUACACUAACAGAACCAGCCCGGCCCAUGGAAUCAUUCCAAGGGUGGGAUAUUUGACUGGAGCAGGGAGUGAUUAUGCUGCCUUUGUCCAUUACCUGGGAAUUACUUCCAUAGAUAUGUCUUACACAUAUGACAGGAGUAAAACAAACGCUCGGAUUUACCCUGCCUACCACACAGCAUAUGACACUUUCGACUAUGCAUCAAGGUUCAUUGAUCCUGGAUUUGUCGCUCACCAAGCUGUUGGCAGGACUGCAGGAAACAUCCUCAUCCGAUUGGCUGACAGUCUGUUGUUGCCUUUUAACUGCAAGGACUAUGCUGAGAGUCUGGAGGAUUACCUGAACACAGCAGUGAACUUAUACCAAAAAGAUCUCAUAGCUAAAAGUAUCUCAAUGGAACCUCUUAGUAAAGCUGUGGCCAACUUCCGCAAAGAAGCAGAACAGCUGGACAAAGUCAUUCAGAGCUCAGACCUGGCAAAUGAAACCCCGCUAAAGGUCAGAAAGAUCAAUGAUCAGCUCAUGUUGAUGGACCGAGCCUUCUUGAAUCCUCUGGCCUUCCCAAAUGAAUAUGGAUUCAGGCAUGUAAUCUGGGCUUCAAGCAGCUCUGGCAAACCAACCUUCCCAGGAAUCGCAGAUGCCUUUGCUCAAGCCAAUUCAUCACAUUUGGCCAGCGACUGGAAAAAGGUGCACUACCACCUGUCAGUAGUGGCCCAAGCCAUCGAUGGGGCUGCCAACAUGUUGAAAGAAGUUAUAUAGGCAAACUUCUCUAUAUAGACUUUAUAUAGCAAUGCUCUGUGACUAUCUAUUUAUGAAUAAUACUACAUUCAGAAAUUUUAAAAUCAGUGUAGAAGGGUCAUGUAGAGACACAUGUGAUGUAACUAUUCAAAGUUAUGCAAAUGAGCACGUCGUUUUUCCCUUUUAAAUGCUCUUUUUUUCAAUGGUGUGUAUUUCAAGACUAUCCUCUGUCAGUAUGUUGUGCCUUAAUCAGCUGUUGUGUUUUAGACAAAGGAAGGCUGUCAGCCUCCCUGAAAUUAAUCAAAUCAUUAAAGGGACGUGAAACAUAAACAUAACAUAUUCAUAAAACAAAUUAAAGAAUUUCUUUGUUUUUAAUAAAGAUUCAAUUAAACUUCC